UCCUGUUGUCGCUGGUUUGGCGGCUGGUUUUGCUGCAGCUCCCGGCCUUCGGUGCGCUGCUCUCCCGACAUGUUCCGUAAGAUCCGCCGGGUGAAUUUGAGGAAACGCAAUGACUCGGAGGACGAGGAGCGGGACGCCGAGCAGCCUUUCCCGGGGAUUUUUGACCAGCAGUCGGAACUUGGCAUAGGCUCCGGUGAACACCAGACCAUCAUCCCCCUCAUCGGCCCAGCCGACCCUCCGCAGUAUGAGAACGGGCCCGUGUGCCAGGCUGCCAAACCCCGCAAGGAGGCCAAAGAGGUUAACCCGAUCGUGACCAAAGCCAGCCUGCUUAGCUUCCAGGAUGAUGAUGAGGAGGAAGAAGAGGUUUUUAAAGUGAAGAAGUCCAAUUACAGCAAGAAAAUAGUCAAGCUUCUGAAAAAGGAAUAUAAAGAAGACCAAGAGAAAUCAAAACCGAAAUCUGAAUUCCUUCUCGCGCUUGAUGGUGUUAACUCUGUUAAUAAGUCAUCAGCCGUUAAAGAUGGUAACCAGGAGGACGCUGCAAAUAACAGUGACCUUGGCGAAGAAGAGAUGGAAGUUGAAAGUGAAAAAGAAGAUGAGAAGCCCAAAGCUGGAUCCUUUACGAACCCACUUUCAUCUCUCAACGUUCUCCGCCCAGGAGAAAUUCCGGAUGCAGCUUUCAUCCACGCUGCCCGUAAAAAGAGACAGAUGGCCCGUGAACUGGGUGACUUCCCGUCUCAUGAAGCAGACGGUGGUAAGAGCCGCUUGGUGCGUGAGGAUGAAAAUGAUGCCAGUGACGAUGAAGAUGACGAUGAAAAGCGACGUAUCGUGUUUUCCGUUCGAGAAAAAUCACAAAGGCAGAAGAUCGCAGAGGAAAUUGGUAUUGAGGGGAGUGAUGAUGAAGCUUUAGCAACAGGAGAACAAGACGAAGAAAUCAGCCGAUGGGAACAAGAACAGAUAAGAAAGGGAAUAAGUAUACCCCAGGUUCAAGCGCCGCAGCCUGCUGAAGCAAAUAAUUUGUUCUAUCCAACCACUUACCAGGGAAUUCCUUACGGUUCCUCCUAUGCUGUUCCUUACUCUUACACUGCUUAUGGAUCCAAUGAGACAAAAUCUCAAAAAACAGAUAAUUCAGUCUCUUUCAAAACUCCCAGUAAUGAGAUGACUCCUGUUACUAUUGAUUUGGUAAAGAAACAGCUUAAAGACAGGCUGGAUGCAAUGAAAGAAACUCACAAAGCAAACCGUGAACUGUAUGAGAAACACCAACAAAGCAAGCAAGACUCCUCCAAUUCGAUAAUACGCUUGGAAGGGUGCGCGGGGGGUAACGGUGAACGGUACCAAUUUUUGCAAGAAAUGCGAGGGUAUGUCCAAGACUUGCUUGAGUGUUUCCGUGAAAAGGUGCCUCUGAUUAACGAGCUGGAAUCCGCAAUGACCCAGCUAUACAAACAGCGCGCUGUCCGCCUUGUCCAAAGACGACAAGAUGAUAUUAAAGAUGAAUCUUCGGAGUUUUCAAGCCAUUCAAGUAAAGCAGUGAUGGCUCCAAAUCUGGACUCAUUUGGGCGAGAUCGAGCACUGUAUCAAGAGCAUGCCAAACAGCGGAGGAUAGCGGAGAGAGAAGCCCGAAGAGCACGCAGGCGGCAGGCCAGAGAAGUAACUGGCAAGAUGUCUGAGCAUCUUGAAGGUCUUUCCAGCGAUGAUGAGGAAACCUCAACUGACAUUACCAACUUUGACAUGGAAAAAGAUCGGAUUUUAAAAGAGUCCUCUAAAGUGUUUGAAGAUACUUUGGAAAAUUUUCAUUCUAUUGACUGCAUCAAAGAUCAGUUCGAAACAUGGCGUACUAAUUACUAUAGUAGUUACAAAGACGCCUAUAUUGGCCUUUGUUUGCCAAAACUACUAAAUCCGCUAAUACGACUGCAAAUGUUAACGUGGAAUCCGCUGGAGAUAAACUGCCGUGACUUUGAAGGCAUGAAGUGGUUCGAGUCUUUAGUUUUUUACGGAUGUGAAGAGAAAGAGUAUGACAAGGAAGACGCGGAUGUUGCUCUGCUGCCUUCCAUUGUUGAAAAAAUAAUUCUUCCCAGAUUAGCAGUCAUUGCUGAAAAUGUGUGGGACCCGUUUUCAACAACCCAGACCAGCAGGCUGGUGGCGGUGUUUCAGAAACUAAUCAAUGGAUAUCCUACCGUUGUAAACUCCGAAAACAAAACCACAGAGGCUCUGCUCAGGGCGUUGCUGGUAAGGAUGCGACGGACAUUAGAUGAUGACGUUUUUAUGCCGUUAUACCCCAAAAACGUUAUAGAAAAUAAGAACUCCGGGCCCUGCGUGUUUUUCCAGCGCCAGUUUUGGUCGUCGAUAAAGUUACUAGGAAACUUCUUAAAAUGGUACGGAAUCCUAUCCAACAAGACGUUGCAGGAGUUGGCACUCGACGGGCUGCUGAACAGAUACAUCCUGAUGGCUUUUCAGAACAAUGAGAACGGAGGGGAUACUCUUAAAAAGGCCCAAAGUGUAAUUGCUUGUUUUCCAAAGCAGUGGUUCUCAAAUCUUAAAGGAGGCAAAACCAUUCCGCAACUGGAAAAUUUAGUCCGAUAUCUGUCUCACCUGGCCGGUGUGAUUUACCGGAAUAACAUUGGGUGCUCGGAUGUGGAGAAAAGAAACGCAAGGGACCAAAUCAGGCAGAUUGUGAAAUUACUAGCGAGUAUCCGAGCGCUGGAAAACGCUGCCUCCGUGGCCAACGACUACAACGCGAAAGACGUCAAAGCUCCAUCAUAAGCUAGAGAACCUUGAGAGAGACCGCGGUGUAAAUGCGUUCCCUUGUGGUCUCGUUGUAAAUUAUGUAAAGUUUCUUAAACUGUAAAGUGGUGAUUAUUUUAAUGCAGGGGUUUCCCUAAAAUGUCGAGAUUGCUGGUCUUAAUUUUUUUUUAACUUAAAA